AAGAGAAAAAGAAUUGUAAAAGAAAGAAAUAAGACAGAACAUAUUGCCAUGAUUGGUUGCACGCUUUGUGCGCGCAUGCGCAGUGCAGUUUUGCUUCAUUCCAACAUCAAGUGACAGAAAAGUUCCGUUACUAUAUAUAUUGUGCCUAUGGAUUAAAGGAAGUUUAACGGAGCAGCAGUUUCCAUUCAUACAUUCAUUCAAAAACAAUAGCUGCUUUUUGGCGCGAAGUUAUUUGCAUAAUAAAAAUUAGCACAAAAGGCUUAAAUUGAUUAAUUUUAUAGUGUAUAUCAGUGCAAGGAAAAUGGAAGAAUCAGUAAUAGCACGUUUAAAAAGACUAGUAGCAAGUAGCAAUGAUGUCCUGGAGUUUAGAUUGAUUCGUAAUUUAGAUGACUUGAACUUGAAAGAGACGAUAUUUAAGCCAGAAAUGACUUAUCAAGUAUUCGGAGACAGGGAAAUAAUAUUUGGUUACCAGGAUUUAAAAAUACAACUGUUCUAUUCAGCGGGCUGUUUAGAAACUUAUUUGGGAAUGACAUAUACAGAGAAAGUAAAUGCAGAAUAUGAAGGAGUUGAGGCUGAUGAGGUUUUAACAAAGAUUGCAGCAAAACUUGCACCUGAUGUUCACUACAGCUUAACCAAUUUUACUAAUGCGCUUACCAAGGACGAUACUUUUAUACCAUAUGGAAAAUUGAUACACUCUUUCUCAUUAAAUGAUAAAAGCACUACAAGACAAUUCGUGGUCUACAAAGCUGAUAUGAGUUAUAAAGGAUUCAGGGAAUACCAUCAAAGAAUUCAAACAUUUCUUCUUUGGUAUAUAGAUGCGGCUCUUUUUAUUGAUCUUGACGAUGAUCAAUGGCAGUACUUUAAUAUAUUCGAAAAAUACACCACAUCCGUUGGUACAACUCGAUACGCGACGAUUGGUUUUGCUACUGUGUAUCGAUAUUACGCAUAUCCGCAGCAUAUUCGACCACGCAUCGCCCAAUUUUUAAUUUUACCACCAUUCCGCCGAAUGGGUCUUGGUACACACUUGUUGCAAGCGAUUUAUCGCGAGUAUAUGGGCAGAAAUGAAGUUAAAGAUAUAACAGUUGAAAGUCCUUCCGAAGUAUUUCAACGACUGCGAAAUUAUGUGGACGCUUUAAAUUGCAGUGCAUUGUCUAGUUUUCAGCCGGAACGUUUAAAGAAAGGUUUCGACAAUGAAAUGGUCGAUGAAGCUAGGGAGAAAUUAAGAGUAAACAAGAAACAAGCUCGCAUAGUGUACGAAAUUCUACGAUUGCGCGCGACAAAUCUUGCAAAUCCAGAAGAAUAUCGAGCGUAUAGAUUAAAUGUGAAGAAUAGACUGAAUAUACCAUUUAAGAGAAAACAGAAUGAGGAGGCAAAGAUAGAACGUGCAUUAAGGAACGAAGAUAAAGGAACGUAUACACAUGAUAAUGGUCUACCAUCCGAGGAACAACGCAAAGAAAUACUGGAAAAGGAAUAUCGUACCUUGGAAGAUGAAUAUAAAACUAUCAUUAAACGCUUGGAAUACUCUACCGAGCUGUGAAAUGUUGCAUUAAUUGAGUUUGCAUUAAGGAAUUUUUAAACUGUGAGAACAAAAUAUAUAAAUGUAAUUUCCAAUAUUGUAUGUUUGUAUAAUUAUGCGAUCUUUUCUCUUUAUUGACUUGUUUUUUUCAUUUCUAUUCGAUGUUUGAUUGUUUUCGAUUGUUACUUCAAUAGAGAGACACGGCCUUAGUUUACUGUCAUCGACGCGCAUUUUACAAUCUGUCAAAAUGGUUAAAUGACCGCCAAUAGAUUCUUCAAAAUUUCUAGUAUAAGAUUCGUUAUCGUCAUCAAUAAAGAAACAGUUGUAUAAGUA